UACAAAAGAAAUAUGGCGGCGCCCAGUGGCUUUGGUUUAGGGUGAAUGGCUGUCAACUUUUAAGAGGACCAUCUAAGGACAUUUCCAUGAGGACAUUUUGAUGGGAGAAGCUUUCAGGCACCGAUGUCCAGACUGAGUGUGGUGUUUGGCGGCUCCCGGGGCAUUGGCCGUGCGGUGGCAGGGCUGUUAGCUCAGAGAGGGCAAAGGGUUGUGGUGAUAUCCAGAAAUCAGGAGGCAGCCCAGGCCACAGCAGUAGCUCUGCCUGGAGCAGACCAUGUGGCUCUCAGCUGCGAUGUCUCCAAGGAGCAGGAAGUGCAGAAGACAUUUGAAGCCAUCCAGAAAAACUACGGCACUAUGAGAUACCUGGUCAACGCAGCAGGCAUCAACAGGGAUGGGCUGCUACUGAGGACACGUCCAAAUGACAUAGUGUCUGUGCUUCACACUAACCUGCUGGGCUCCAUGCUCACCUGUAGGGCGGCGCUGAGGAGCAUGCUGGGCCAGGGCGGGGCCAUCGUCAACAUAGGUUCCGUGGUGGGUAUGAAAGGCAACGCGGGUCAGUGUGCGUACAGCGCCAGCAAAGCCGGGCUGGAGGGGUUCACACGCUCCCUGGCCAAGGAGGUCGCGUCCAGGAAUGUCCGAGUCAAUCUCGUCGCUCCAGGGUUCAUCCGCACAGACAUGACCGCCGGGCUGGAGCAGGAGGAGGCUGGUGGUGGUGGUGCCGGCGGUGGUGGUGGUGGUGGGGCGCACACAAGGAUCCCCCUGGGCCGUUUCGGGGAGCCUGAGGAGGUGGCCCAGGCGGUGCUCUUCCUGCUGGAGUCGCCCUACAUCACGGGCCAGGUGCUGCUGGUGGACGGCGGCCUACAGCUGGCCUUGUAGAAAGGUCAAAGGUCAAAGGUCAAAAGGCCCCGCUUCAGAAAGUAAAAGUCUGGCCACGUUCUGGGUUCCAGCCACUCACUUAAACUGCUCAACUGUAGGGGGCCGCUGUGGUGCAACAGGCUACAGCGCUCAUGCCAUGUCUGAGAUGUGCCCACGGGAUGAGAUGUGCCUGCUGUCAUUUCCUGAUCCCACCCUCCCAUCUCUCUUUCCCACUUGUUUCCUGUCUCACUCUUCACUGUCCUAUAAAUAAUGCAAAAAAGACCCCCCAAUAAUAGGACUUUUACUUUCUGAAGCCAGACUUUUAGAUUUCUACGAUGGACUGCAUGCCUGCCUGCCUGCCUGCCUGGCAGACUGCAGUAUGGGGCUCAAAGUGAACUGGUUCUCUUUGAACCUAAAACUGUGAAUGCUUUGGUGCAAACAUGCUAAAUUGUUUGAUUCAAAUGGUUAACCCUUAGUUCUCAGCGAACAUACAGUACAUGUACCGUAUGCUGAACUUUAGCCUGAGACCAUUUGCGUGUGUUUGCAACUGUGUUUGCUGUGAACUCAAGGUAAACAAAACCUGCUUUGAACAUGUUUGAACGUGUGAACAUUUGCCUUUUGUUUCCCAAUUUGGACGUUUGAGCAUUUGUUCAGUUCCAUUUAAUGGAGCAGAUCAACCCCUGACUAAAUGACUGAAGAAAAAAAAAAGAGAAGAAAAAAACCACAUGUACACUGUUAGUACAGCCAAGGCCGGACGUGACCUGUUACGUCAACUGUUAGCAUUGCAUAUACUGUAUGUGCACCAGGUUGGUUGAGUGGUGUUUGUCCUCUUGGAGAAAUGAUGCAUGGACAAUGUCUGUGAGUGUGAGGUUUGAACUUGUUGGCCAAGUAUUUUGAAGUUGCAGGAGAAGGAUAAAGCUUUGUUUCUGGGCAGACAGCCCACAAGCAUAUAGAAAGUUUUAAAAAUGAGAUUUGCCUCUGUGGUCUGUCUACUGAAGCUUAGUUUCGCAACACAUGAUUAAAGCCAAGCUUCUCCGUUGCACUGCCACCUAAGAUGUGGUGAGAGUCUGUGUAGAGAUUUGUUGUCAGUCGUAAAAGCAUUACAGCACAUUUUCUACACUAUAAUUAUGCCUGUUAAGCCAAAAAAAAGGGAUUGUUGUGGUCACUGUGUUUCUUUGUAUUCUUCUGUCUCAAUCAGUCUUCUGCUAAUCCAACUGACACAAGACAAAGGAUUUAAAUGUCAGCGAUGGACGGAAUUAAUAAGUAAACGUUUCAUUUGAACGCC